UGUUGCUAUCUAUUUGAUAGCGAUCGGAAACGAUUCGGAUCGAUGUGACCAUCAUCACAAUCAAUACCAUAUCGCUCUGCAUCGUACUUAGUUUGUCGAACUCCCUCCUUACCACAACCUUGCCCACAACCACCCAUGGCUGACCAACUCUCUGAAGAGCAAAUCUCCGAGUUCAAGGAGGCAUUCUCCCUGUUCGACAAAGACGGCGAUGGCACCAUCACCACCAAAGAGCUCGGCACCGUCAUGCGUUCGCUGGGACAGAACCCCACCGAAGCCGAGCUGCAGGACAUGAUCAACGAAGUCGACGCUGACGGCAACGGCACGAUCGACUUCCCCGAGUUUCUGACCAUGAUGGCGCGCAAGAUGCGGGACACCGAUAGCGAGGAGGAGAUCAAGGAGGCGUUCAAGGUCUUUGACAAAGACGGAAACGGCUACAUCAGCGCCGCCGAGCUCAGACAUGUCAUGACCAACUUGGGAGAAAAGUUGUCCGACACUGAGGUUGAUGAGAUGAUUCGUGAGGCUGACGUUGACGGCGAUGGGCAGAUCAACUACGAGGAGUUCGUCAAGAUGAUGCUCUCCAAGUAAAGCGUCCUGGAACAUAGUGGAAAUCAAACCUUGAACUUUGUCUUGUACAUCAGAUACCAGUUUCCAGUUGUUGCUUGUUCGAACACGAGUUUACUUUGUACUACGCGGCGAAUCCUCCUGUUUCCAGCGAGU